ACUUGCCAUUCUGGUCCUCAGUAGUCCAGGUCUCCCACCUCGAGGCAAUGCUUGUUACUUCUAGGAUAUUAGGAUCGGUGCGAUAACGAGGAUGGCUUUCCCGAUUACCUCAGUAGAUCGGUCACGAUAGACGUAGCAGUGCAUCGCGACAAUCCUCAAAGAGAAGCUCAGUGCGCUGUGCAACCAGGUCAUCACGCCCUCCUUCCACCACCAUUGCCAUUAUAGCGCCAUGCCCAAGGUCAAAAGGACCACUGUGAAGCCGCGUCUUUCUCUACCGCGCCGUCUCUCUGAUGCAGAAGCGCGCGCGCAGUACCGCAAGGAAAGGCUCGGUCUGCCCGGUCCCGUUGAUAGCUGGAUAGCCGCUAGCGCAGCGGAUGACUACAGCAUUGACUCCGGAUGCUCGCUCGAGCCAGAAGAGGUGCAAUGUGCACUCCAGAUGCAGCAAUUCGAAGCGCCCGACGAUAACACCGACUUCAGCGAUCCCGAUACAUUCGUAUUGUAUCUCACCGUGACGGGCGCUGCACUCCUCCGGGAAUCACAUAGCGUGGAGGCCUGCCGCCGCGUUGUCUUGGACAGGUACCAGGGAUGGAGUGAUAGCCUCGAUGCUCCGGAGUGGACAAGGCGGAAACCAGGGCAGACGACUAUGUUUCGGCAGCGCAAAUCCAGUCUAGCGGACGUCGUGCGAAAGGCACUGUGGGAGGACGCCGUCGCGCCUGUGAUCGACGCGCUGGAUGCAGCACGUAUAUCCUGAUAACAAUGUCGCGAAUGUAUUCGUCCGAAACACGCACAGACCAGGAUAAGUCAGGGUUUGCAUUCAGUGGCGUCACAUUCCGUCCGAUGCAAAGUCUCCGCGGGCGGACAUCUGGGGUUCAAUUAUGGGUGGAUCAAGGGGCAUUGUAUGUACAGACGAGAUGAAAAGAUGCUAUGUACCGGAG